GGCAUGACGACGGACGGAGUUUUUACGGAGACACAGUGUCGUCGUCUCGACACAGACUCGACACAGACUCGCGGUUGCUUCUCUGGGAUCACGACGAUCAGUUUUCAGCCGAGGUUGCCCGCGGUCGGUCGGUCGGCCACGCUGGGAGAGGUGGAAGCAGGCUUGUGCCGUAGAUUUCAGGAUCACGUCCACGCGGAUUGUUUACGUAUGGUCUGCGUGAUGAGAAUCUCCGACAAUCCCCGAGUCGAUCCUCGGCAAGAACGUCGCGCGGAUUUGGCGAAAUCGUACUUAAGAGGCAGCAGCGCCCGUCUGAUAGGUCAUCGAGAUUGUUCUAUAAACUACAACUCGAGAUGUUUGGGAAUAAUCCAGCCGGGUCUGGCGAUAAAUAAGAGGAAUACUCGCGCGUGGCGGCGAAACUGCAUAAAAUAGAAUAUCGCGGAAGCGAGCGAUUGGCAUCGCGUAUUCGCGUCGAUCGAUGAGAACCUCGCAAAGAGGGAAGGAAGUACGAGUGAACGCGAGCUCGCGAGCUGACAGAGAGAAAGAGAGAGAGAGAGAGAGAGAGAGGAGGGAGGAGAGAGCCGGUCGAUCGCGCGGAUAAACGAGCGGGAUAUUCACCGGCGACGUGGUGGCUUCUGCGACUGCCCGAGGGGACGAUGAUUCACGGAGUGGAGCGCGUGGGCGACUAACGCGGAAAAACUAUUCAGCUCCAUCGACGUAGAAAAGAAUAAGAUAAACCGGCCGUGACAGUGCCGAACUGGCUGUCCUUGCUCGUCAUGUCGCGGCCGGAAGAAGAUUAAUAUCGGGAAUGAUAGAGCGACCUCGUGGCCGAAUAAGAAGGCUUACAUCGCGUUGACCGCGCCACACCUGUGGACUUUGCGCGUGAUAUCGCGAUAUCGGAGAUAAUAAAUGGAGCGACCUACAACACAAAAACUUUCGUAGUUUAAACGAGAGGCGGAGAACGAAAAAAACGAGAGAGAGAGAGUGGGAGAGAAAAAAAAGAGAAAGAGAGAAGAAAGAAACGGGCGAUAAAGGCGAUCGCGAUAAACCACCCGGGAACAUUGCUCGCGUCGGGCGCAGGAAUCAGACAAGUGGUUUAAAGAGACGAAGGAGCCGCUCGGUAACGAUCUCACCCCCUCUGACGCGAAGGGGAGAAAUGCCCGGUGGAAACGUAAGGAAAUAAACAUAAAUUACCGCGGAGCCGAGCCCAUUCGCGGUCGAAUCCUGCUCGGUAUGCACCUCGCGCGGAAGAGGAACCCCGCGCGGCUUAUUCUUCAAGGGUGAGGAACACGCGGUCGUGUCGUUGAGGGUGAGCGAGCGAGCGUGCGAGCGAGCAAGCGAGUUCGACUAGAGGUGGGCGCGCGACGGUGAUUUACAUCGUGAGAACGCGGCGGCCACGACUCUCGCCUGCCGGAUUUAACCGAGCGCGAGGUCGGAAACGUCCUCCUCGCAGAGGCAGAGAGAGAGAGAGAGAGAGAGAGAGAGAGAGCGCCGUCUAGCCCCCAGCUAUGCUGCGAGUUCAAACGGGGAAAGAGCGAUCUCGACCCCAUCAUCGAUCCGCCCUGCGACUCGCCG